UCUCCCACGUCUGGUUCCUCGGCAAGGUGCUUCCUGGUGACAGUCAGAGGUCCUAAGCAACAUGCCGGAACAGAGCAAUGACUACCGCGUGGCCGUGUUCGGGGCCGGGGGCGUUGGCAAGAGCUCGCUGGUGCUGAGGUUCGUGAAGGGCACGUUCCGGGAGAGCUACAUCCCCACGGUGGAGGACACCUACCGGCAGGUGAUCAGCUGUGACAAGAGCAUCUGCACACUGCAGAUCACCGACACCACAGGCAGCCACCAGUUCCCGGCCAUGCAGCGGCUGUCCAUCUCCAAGGGCCACGCCUUCAUCCUGGUCUACUCCAUCACCAGCCGGCAGUCGCUGGAGGAGCUCAAGCCCAUCUAUGAGCAGAUCUGCGAGAUCAAAGGGGAUGUGGAGAGCAUCCCCAUCAUGCUGGUGGGGAACAAGUGCGACGAGAGCCCCAGCCGCGAGGUGGAGAGCGGUGAGGCCGAGGCCCUGGCCCGGAAGUGGAAGUGCGCCUUCAUGGAGACCUCAGCCAAGCUCAACCACAACGUGAAGGAGCUCUUCCAGGAGCUGCUCAACUUGGAGAAGCGUAGGACCGUGAGCCUCCAGAUCGACGGGAAAAAGAGCAAGCAGCAGAAAAGGAAAGAGAAGCUCAAAGGCAAAUGCGUGGUCAUGUGAAGUCCCGUCCGUGGGAGGAGCCACGGCGUGUCCCCCUAUCCCCACUCCCAUCCCCUUCCCCACCUCACGUGACACCCGCUGUCGUCAGGGUAGCAUGUCUGAUGCCCACGUGUUCAACAUCGCCUUUGGACCGAGCCACACGCCCUGUCCUCCCUGAGAGGGCCCUUCAAGCCACCAUCGAUAAGCACCCCCUCUCCAGAAUCAGGGAUUCUUCCCAGCCCUUUGGAUGGACGCCCUGCCUUGCCCGGCCUUGUGGGGGAUGGAGAGGCUCUGGCUGUCUCCAAAGGCGGCUUCACCAGGAAAGGAUGGUCUGGGUUGGCGGGAACGGGUCCCGUCUGCAUGCUUGCGACAGUGUGGGACCCCAGCCACGGCCCACCCUGACCAGGCCAUCCCCCCCCAACUCGCUCAAAGCUGGACACCCUUGGGGCCGGGAGGGGCGGGAGGGGAGGAGCCCAGGCCAAGCUCAUUCCAUUUCAGGUCCUUUAGCUGAAUUACAAAUAACAUGUCACAGUGGCCCCCGGAGGGUGCUCGCUGACGGGUCCCUGACAUGUGAGGUUUGCUGCUUAAGGGGGAGGCACUCCCAACACCAGACCUCGUUAGCGGGUGUCCCUGUCACUUUUAGGAGGAUUUAUUUCACAUACAGUGGUGGCAUCCUGCUGGGUCAGACACCCUGCAGGGUGGGAGCAAGGGUAUCUGGACUGACUAGCGCAGUGUCCUGGCACUCGGUGAGUUCCCCUUGAGGGUUUUAGAGAUGUGCUUUAUCUUCCCUUUGACCCAGGAGGGGUCUGCUUCUUCCAGCCCCUCAGGUUUUAAAUAAAGGCAAUUAAAGUAGCCAUUAUUUUUAGACAGCUGUUUGCCUUCCAAGAUGGUUUCCUUCUUCUCGGUAACUCCAUCUAUAUGCCGCUGGAACAGCCAGCAAAGGCCAUCCGAAGACCAGAAGCACAUCUGUUUUCUAAGUCACAUGGACACCUCUACGCCAUACUCUGCCCCUCGAUGAAAUACUUCGAAUCAGAAGUCGUUCACUGUGUUUUUGAUGAUCUGUCUGUAACAGAAGCAUAUUCCCAGAAAGCGUGUUCAAGGAAUGGGUUAUCUUGCAUGCUCUGUGACACCAGUGUCUUCUCAUCGCUGUUCGACGUGCUCUCCACUCCGGAAACAAUGAUCUUUUCCUCUUAAUGACCUUGUGUGCAUCCUUAAUCCUCCAGACCAAAUCAGGGCGUCUGCUGGUUCCUGCGUGCUGGCGAGGAGAUGGGUGGAGGCUAGAGGCAGGCUCAGCCCGCUCAGCUUAACUGCUGUGUCCAGUCUGGUUUGGCUUUGCUUCCAGAAAGUUCCCACCGACAGAGCCUGUGAGCCCUCCUGUUUGUUCGAGUCGGUGUUGCUCACACUGGCCCCAAUUCCAGAAUCUUCCUUUUAGCAGGGCUUCCUGCCUGGCAGGUGGAAGAGGCUGGAGGGGGUCCUGGUGUGGGACGGGGAGCCCCCAGCUGUCAGAUGGCCACUCCAGCCUCCACAGAGUGGUCAAGUUGGGGAUGUUUGCUUUCAGCCCCUUUCGUUCUGCUCUUGUCUAGACAGCUCCGUGCACUGGGCACACCCUCUAUCAGCCCUUUCUGGUUCAGCAUCCUUGGCUUUGCUGUUCUUCUGUGCUCUGCCAGCAAGUACCCAGGUGGUAUGGGUGGUGCCAUGUGUGGGAGACACCACUGAGAACCAGCCGCCCCACUAUCUUCCCACAUGUUGGUCUUCUAGUGGCACCCUGAGCAGGGAGGGUGUGGAUGUGGCCUGCAUGCCAGUGGGGUUGGGGAGCCCAGAAGGAUGCCUCAGCCAGACCACAGGUCCCAGCAGGUCCUAAGGGAGGCCCCUCCCCCAUGGUGGCUGCCCCACAGCCUUCACAGCAACACCUGGCUGGUGAACUUUCUAGAACAUUUAUUUUUCAACCUAGUCCUACUUUUUUUUUUUUUUUUACUUGUUUCUAUUCUUUGAGAGACGUGACCAGUUUGUCAUUUGGAUGUGGGUUAAGUGGAAGAAGAAACAGGACGUCACAGCCACCAUCGGAGGCUGUGGUCUAGCAGGGGCUGUGUGCGUGUCCCCGAGGCUCCUGGCAUGAGGCCUCCCUGCCAGGCACCCUGUCCUCACUGGUAGAAGUCACAGUUCCUGUUCUGCCUCUCAUGUCUCAGUCUGCCACUGAAGCAUUUAGAGCUUCAUCAAUAGAGUUUUGGGUUUUUUUAAUUAACAUACAAUGAAUUAUUUG